GGCAUAUGGUUCGUCGAGGCCUCAGCAGAUUUCUCCCUCAAGGACGUUAACAAUCUGCAGCUACCUCUUGCGGUCCCGAAGGAAUCUUCCCGGACUUCCCACCUGAAGACAUCAAGGACGUGAUCAUGUUGAUCCAGGUGACACUGUUCAAGUGCGGCGGAUUCGUGGCGGGCAUCAGAUCCGAUCACGCGAUGGGCGGAGGCGCCGGAUUCGACGCGUUCAUGCAAACCGUGGCAGACAUGGCCAGUGGUCGCGCUGCGCCGUCUGUCAUGCCGGCCUGGGGCAGGGAAGCCAUCCCCAACCCAGCGAAGCCCAUCUUGAUGGGUGGUCCGCCUCCGGUCUUCACUCCCAUGGACUUGCAGAAACUCGCAGUGGGCAUACCUUUGGAUCACAUCAACCAGCUGAAGAGCGAGUACGCGAAGGAGACCGGCGAAAGAUGCUCCACGUUUGACGUCGUGCUCGCCAAGGUGUGGCAGUGCCGCGCACAGGCGAUCGGUCUCCACCCCGACGCCGACGUCCGCGUCGCCUUCGCCGCCAGCACGGUUCACCUCCUGAAAGACGUGCUGCCGGAGGGCUUCUACGGGAACUGCGGCUACCCCCUAACCGUCUCCGAGCCCUCCGGCAAGCUCACGAACGCGUCCUUGGUGGAGGUGGUGACCCCUAGUAUGAGAGCCGAGGGCAAAAUCGUAUGA